AUGGGGAAAAUAGCGACUAUGGAGUACUUCCGCGUGCCACCACGCUGGCUGUUCGUCAAAAUCACAGACGAAGCAGGCAAUGUUGGCUGGGGGGAGGCCUCGCUUGAGGGUCAUACUCAGGCUGUCGAAGGAUGCCUGGAUGCCUGGUUCGAGCGAUACAAUGGCUUCGAGGCCGACGAUAUUGAGCAUAUCUGGCAGAUGUCCUGGCGAACUACCUUUUACCGGGGCGGUCCAGUCUUCAUGAGUGCUUUGGCCGGAAUCGACAUUGCACUCUGGGAUUUGAAAGCUCGUAAACUCGGGGUACCGAUCUACCAGUUGCUGGGAGGUAAGGUUCGGGACAAGCUCAAGGUGUACGCGUGGAUAGGAGGAAACCGUCCGAACAAUGUUGCAGAAGAGGCGAAAGCGCGAAAAUCGCAAGGUUUCAGCUGCGUCAAGAUGAAUGCCACAGAGGACAUAGGCUGGCUAGAUUCGCCAUCGGCUCUAGACUCAUGCGUAGAGAGAGUGAAAGCCGUCAAAGAUCUAGGCAUGGACGCCGGUGUCGACUUCCAUGGGCGAAUCCACAAACCGAUGGCCAAGCAGCUGGUCAAAUUGCUCGAGCCGCACCGGCCUCUCUUUAUCGAGGAGCCCCUGCUCUCAGAACAUAUCGGGGGCAUCAAGUCCCUCGCCGAGCAGACCAGCGUCCCCAUCGCCCUUGGUGAGCGCCUCCACAGCAGAUGGGACGUCAAACCCUUCCUUGAGGCAGGCUGCGUGGACAUUCUCCAACCGGACAUCUCCCACAUUGGCGGCAUCUCCGAGAUGAAGCGCAUCGCUGCUAUGGCUGAAGCAUACGACGUGGCUCUUGCUCCACACUGUCCUCUCGGCCCGAUUGCUCUGGCUGCGAACUGUCAGGUCGACUGCUCCAGCCCCAACUUUGCCAUCCAGGAGAUGAGCCUGGGCAUUCACUACAACGCGGGCACGCAGGACCUCACAGCUUAUACCAAAAACCCAGAGGUCUGGAACGUUACUGAUGGCUAUAUAAACAUUCUCAGCGGUCCGGGCCUCGGUAUCGAGGUGGAUGAAGAGCAGGUCAGGGCUCUAUCCAAGGAUGCAAAAGCGUGGGUGAGUCCCGGCUUCACAGGGCCUGGUGGUGAAAUUCGGGAGUGGUGA